GUUUAAGCGGAAAGUAAUGAUAUUAGUCUAUUACUUAGAAUGUAACGUUAUAUUGUACAUUAUAUUGCUUUGCCGUAAGAAGCGGUGUGAUACAUAUUAGUGAAAACUGUAUGUUUGAACAAGUAUAUGUGUAAACAUUUAUGCUAUGUUGUAAGGCAGCCCGUUCGGGGUCAAGCUUAUUAUGUCUACGCAUAUUUGUUGAAGGUUCCUCUAGAUACAUGUACGUAAAUGUGGUUACACAAUGGUUUGGUGCUGUCUGCGGUGGCAACCUGGGCGACUACACGAGGGCGUGGUAUGCUAGGCCGAGGCCGUGUGUGUGGAAACGUGGUUUCCUGGUUUUGUCAGCACUGUGGACGCUUAAGACGCUUUGGAUUGGCGUGGGACUUCGAGGACGUUGUGGCAUUUUGUGCAAGGGCGUGGUACCUGUAUGACAUGGACCGUAACAAGGAUUAGACGUGGACGGUUUUGGGAACGUGGUCCAAGAUGAACGCUCAUAGACAUUUUGAAAUUCAUUAAUUUUCAUUUUGUAUAUUUGUACAUAUAUGUUUUUAUAUAAAAUUGUAAAUAGAAAAUAGUCUUGUUAUCACUGAUCAAGCUUAGGGUGUCGUGACAAAUGGUGUCAGAAGUGGGAUGAUGAUGUUAGCUUUGAUCAGUGAUUGUUUUUUUUAAAAGAAUGUUUUUUGUGUAAAUUGGAUUGAACGUUGGAAAAAUAUUGUAGUAUUUUCAUGUAUUGAAGUUAUAAUAUUUUUUUUAUUGUAUUGUUGUAGAGAGACGUUCAGAAAGAAGUUAAGGGACCCUGAGAGGAGAGGACGUUACCAUGAAUUAGUUUGUAUUAUGAAGAUGGAUUUGUUAAAAGAGCUGACUGCAUAUGGUCAAAGUUUGGAGUUGACGGGAGCGGAUCUUCAGAGGUUUAUCCGUGAACAGCAGGCACAUCUGCGAGAACUCAGAGUUGAGCAAAGAGAGAGACAAAAGGAGGACAGAGACUAUGAAUUGAAGAGAGAAGAGUUGGAAGUAGAGAAGCUUCGACUAGAAGAAAAGAAAUCACUAGAUGCACUGGAAAGUAAGUACCAAGCUAAUGUACAAGAACUUAAAUACCAGUUGAGUUUGAAAGAGACAGAAUCUAAAGCUGCUAAGUCAGACAUAUCUGAUGGUUCAUUAGCAAAGGUUCCUAAAAUGCCAUACUUUGAUGAGGUUAAAGACGACAUAGACUCUUUUCUUAGACGUUUCGAAAGAUACGCUAUAGCACAAAAGUGGAACGAAGGAAUGAAGGAACUUAAGCGCAUUACUUAA